CAAUGGCCGCAGUAGGCUAGACAAACUGCAAGACUAAUAAACUACAUUUCCCGUGAGUCUGUGCGCGGUAGGAGGAGGACGUGUCAGUCUCAGGAAUGUACCGCCUUCGUGCUUCAGCUGAAAACCGGCGUUAGUUGCUGUUUAGUAGAGGCGUUUAAGUCACUUGUGACCAUGCACCCAGCUUUAGCCGUGGGCCUGGUGUUUUCGGGCUGCUGCAGUAAUGUGGUGUUUUUAGAGCUGUUAGCCAGGGCAUUUCCUGGCUGUGGAAACAUUGUUACAUUUUCACAGUUUCUGUUCAUAGCAGUAGAAGGCUUUAUAUUCCAAGCUAAUUUUGGAAGAAAGAAGUCAGCCAUUCCAGUAAGGUAUUACCUAAUCAUGGUAGCUAUGUUCUUCACUGUCAGCGUGGUGAAUAAUUAUGCACUUAACCUCAAUAUUUCCAUGCCACUGCACAUGAUAUUUAGAUCGGGAUCCUUGAUAGCCAACAUGGUACUAGGAAUCAUUAUCCUAAAAAAGAGGUACAGUGUGUCUAAGUACUUGUCUAUUGCACUGGUAUCUGUGGGAAUCUUUAUUUGUACUCUGAUGUCUGCAAAACAAGUGGCAUCUUACCAAACCUCCAAUGUAGAUGAUGGAUUCUCGGCUUUCCUAUGGUGGCUUCUUGGUAUCGCAGCCUUGACUUUCGCUUUGCUGGUAUCCGCCAGAAUGGGUAUCUUUCAGGAGACUCUUUACAAGGAAUUUGGGAAGCAUUCCAAAGAAGCCUUGUUUUACAAUCAUGCCCUGCCUCUGCCGGGCUUCCUGCUCCUAGCGCCUGACAUUUAUAACCAUGCAGUAAUGUUCUCCCAAAGUGAGCCAUUUCAGCUGCCUGUGCUGGGAUUGCAGAUGCCGAUCAUGUGGUUCUAUCUACUAAUGAAUGUCAUCACUCAAUAUGUGUGCAUCCGUGGUGUGUUCAUCCUAACCACAGAGUGUCCUUCCCUAACAGUAACCCUUGUAGUUACACUGCGCAAGUUUCUUAGUCUUAUAUUCUCCAUUCUAUAUUUUCACAACCCUUUCACAACUUGGCACUGGAUUGGCACCCUUUUUGUCUUUAUGGGGACAUUACUGUAUACUGAGGUGUGGAACACCAUAGGGUCAGUCGCUGGCAAGGACAAGAAGGAAACCAAAAAGGACUAAAUAUGUUCAUGUAUUUACAAGGGACAAGCUAAUGUUUUGUUUCCCUGUGCUAUGCACAGUUUGAUAUCUAGGGACUUGGGAGCACAUGGACAUUCCUUUUUAUUUCCAGAAAUACUUGCAAGUCUAUUUUGUAGGUUUUUCAGUCUAAGGCAGAGCAGAGGGCAAGUUACUGUCCUAUUUUAUUAUGAUGUAAUGAGACAAGAUUUUUUUUCUUAAGCACAAAGCUGCAAGACAACCUCUCUUUAAUGGUUUUAAUAUAUAAUACUUUUACAUAAAGCUGUGAAGGGAUAAAGUCCAAUAUUUACCUUAUGGUAAUCAAAUGUUUACCACACAGUAAGUACAGUCCUCUGAGGGUUGAGGAAAGUAUAAGCAGACUGCAUAUGUUGCCUAUGGGAUGGGAAGUCUGCAAACAGCAUCCAUCCCAUUGGAUCCAUCCCAUAGGCUAGCUGCUCUGUUCUUGGACAAAUAUCCAUUGAAAGCAUGAUCAAGCAAAAAUGAUCAGCGUUGGUAGAUAUUUGCAUUGUCAUUUGUUCAUAAACUCUUGGAUUUGUAUAUCUGUGCCCAUGUCCCACUCCAUAAUAGAACAUAAAUCCUUGUGAGAGGGCAGAAGUAUAACACAAAGUUUUACUUUUUAGUAUGUUAAUUGUUAAUGUUCAGCCGUGUGGCUUGGCAGAUUAAGUGUAAUGCCAUAGAUGGCUACUUGUUUCACCAUGUACUAAACUCAUGCUCUAUUGCCAUACUUUGCUAAUAGUUUUUGUGCCCUGAGCAUGUUUUAGCUUACCUUGGUUACUUAAUGGUACUUUCUCUAGCCAGUAACUAGCAACAAUAUUUAUGACUAGAACAAAACUAUUUUAAUGGGAUUCUAUUUCAAAAUAUGUUAAUAUUUUUAAUGUAACCUGUAUCACGUCCUUAGUGACAGUUUGAUUUCUAAGGAGUGCCUUAACUUUCACACACAUUCCAGAGUGUAAUACUGCUGAGUAUCCCUAGGUCUCCUUGUGUUGGGCAGUAACACCUUCUGCUUCAGGGGAGUUUUUUUUUUUUUUAGAAAUAAUAAUCACUCC